UAAAAUGGCGGAGCUCAAGGAAGCAGACGCCGAACAACUACACCAGGAGGACGUCGAUAUAAAAGGUGGUGGAGUCUCAGACACACUGGUCCCAGAAGAGAGACAGCCUGCUGAGGAUGAUGCAUCUUCAGCCAGUAGUACUGUGGGGAAGACUGAGGCACUGGCAGGGGACAAUGAUGCCAAACCAUCAACCACAAUCAGCGAUAGACACAUCUCUAUCCAGACCAAACUAGAGGGCCUGGAGGUGCUGACCGACCUAAACGGAGCUGGGAGGAAGGCGUGUCCACUAUGCCCUGAGGAGAAGUUUAAGGCCUGCUACAGCCACAAGCUACGACGCCACCUCCAGAACCUCCACUGGAAGGUCUAUGUGGAGUUUGAAGGUCAGAAGAUGUGCAUCUGUCACCUGCCCUGCAGACAGCUGAGGCCCAGCCCCAGCCCCAAUGGAGACCAGGCUCCAGGCAGGCUGGUGGCACAUUACCACUGUGUAGUGUGUUCAGUCACCAUCGCCCGCAAGACGGACAUGAUCAGUCACCUGAAACGCCACGUCAACAAGGGAGAGACUGAGGCCAGCUACUCAGGCAGCUCUGAUGUGCCCUUUGAGGAGUCAGCUCCGUCUGGACAGGCCUAUGAGAUAAUGAAAGAGCUGGGGACCAAUGUUCAGCUCAUGCCCAACCAUACGACCCCACAGAAGACUGACACCUACUUCAACCGCAAGAUGAAGAUCAACAGGCAGCUAGUAUUCUGUUCCCUGGCGGUCCUGGCUGAGGAGAGGAACCCGUUGGAGAGUCUGGAUGCGUUUGGAGCCACAGGCAUUAUGGGACUCCAGUGGGCCAAGCACCUGCGGAACGCCGUCAAGGUGACCAUAACCGACAUCAAUGAAGUGUGUGUCAAGAUGAUCCGCGAGAACUGCAACCUCAACCACAUCCGGGUGGAGGGGUCGCGGGGGUCAUCCCGGGUCCCUGACGGGGGGGCGGGGGAUGUGGACGGGGUGCCCAUCGCUACCGUGGAGGUCGCCAAGAUGGAUGCCAACGUUAUCAUGCACCUGAGGUCUUUUGACUACAUACACCUGGACCCGUUCGGCACGGCUGUCAAUUAUCUGGACUCUGCUUUCCGGAACAUCCGGAACCUGGGCAUCAUCUCUGUGACGUCCACGGACACGGGCUCCCUCUACUCUAAGUCCCUGAACGUCACGAUGCGCCACUAUGGCUCGAAUAUAGUCCGCACAGAGUACUACAAGGAGCUGGCUGCACGCAUGGUGCUGGUCACUGUAGCCAGGGCGGCGGCACGCUGUAAUAAGGGCAUAGAAGUGUUGCUGGCGGUGGCUGUGGAACACUUUGUCCUGGUGGUCGUCAGAGUCCUCAGGGGUCCCACCCAGGCCGAUGAGUCAGCCAAGAGGAUCAGACAGCUCAUCCACUGCCAGUGGUGUGAGGAGAGGGUGUUCCUCAAACAGGGGAGCAUGGUGGAGGAAAACCUGUACAGACAACUGCCCUGCAACUGUCAUGGAAGCAUGCCUGGCAAGACAGCGGUGGAGCUGGGACCGCUAUGGUCUGGUCCUCUGUUUAACUCCGGGUUCCUGAGGAGGAUGUUGUGUGCAGCGGUGCAGCACAGUAUGGAGGAUAUUCAGCCUCUGGUCAAGACUCUGAUCUGUGAGUCAGAGUGCACAACGCUCAAGUCCUCUGUUCACGGGCCCACUGCACUCAUCAACCAAGUGGAAUGUGGUGUAGUCAUCAAGGUACAGAAGGUGGAGGAGUCAGGCACCGCUGACCACUCAGGGAAGAGAAAGACAGGAGAUGAGCCAGGUAACGUGGUGAAGAAGCUGAAAUCAGACGGGUCUCUGGAGCACCCAGCGUUCUACUACGGUAUUCACCGCCACAGCAUCAGAGGCAUGAACAUGCCCAAGUUGAAUAGGUUCCUGCAGUACUUGACGGAGGCGGGCUUCAGAGUGAGCCGCACCCACUUUGACCCAACAGGGGUGCGGACCGACGCCACGCUGGACCAGUUCAAGUCGGUGCUCACCAAAUACAGCGUGCCCACCUACACCAACACCACGGCAACCCAAAACCCAGAGGAGACGGUACGGGCUAUGGAGUGACCCACCCUGGGGAGAAUCAAGGCCUCAUCACCUCUUCUCUCCCUCUCAGAGGUGACAUAUGUCUCAAAUGCCACCCUAUUCCCUAUAUAGUACACUACCUUAGACCAGGGCCCAUAACCCUAUUCCCUAUAUAGUGCACUACUUUAGACCAGGGCCCAUAACCCUAUUCCCUAUAUAGUGCACUACUUUUGACCAGGGCCCAUAGUAGUACACUAUAGGUAAUAGGGUGGCAUUUUCUCUGUGCAGGGACACUGGUUGUAAAGAGUGGCUCACUCUGCACUGAUUUGUAUUUUCCUCUUGGUUUCAUUCAUCACUGGUACUUUGUAAAUGUUCUCUAAGAAGUCACAAUGCUUCUAGAUUAAUAGAGUUCUGCUUUUCCAAUAGAGCUGAAAUAUUGGUUAAAUGCAGACAGAUAAUAGCCUCUAUUCUGCUCAUUUACUCAUAUUUAUUAUUCUUGUGAAUAAUUCCUUUACAAUUUUAUUUUCUGAGUUCAUCGUAAAGUUCAUGGUGGCCGUUUUCAUCUUUUAAUAGUUUUUUUUAUGUACAUUUUUACUCUGGGUAAAAGGUAAUAAAAUAUUGUUGCAAAGCCUGAA